AUGACACAGCCCGAGGUAGCUUUUAAAAAUAAAUUGUAAAAUACGAAAUAAUUUCUAAAUUUUCGUCAUGGUUUAUAUUUUUACAAAGCUACUGAUAAAAUUGACGAACUGUCACAAAAAUUAUUGGUUUUUUAAAAGUUUCAAGUUUUGAUGUUUUGGUUGUUCAAUUAAUUCUGUGCUUCCUUUCAAAAUAAACUGUUGAAGUUAUGAGGCACAGAAUUAAUUGAACGUUUCCAAAUGCCACUUUGGUUGUUCAUUAUAUCCUGGGCCCCCUCUCAAAGUAAAUUUUUUAAAGUUAUGGGGCACCGAAUUAAUUGAACCAUCUUAUUUUUAAUAUAAUUUGAAAGUGACUGUACUAAUAACCAAUUUUCAGAUGGUACCUAAACCAAAUGACGAGGUAACCGAUGAUAAACGUAAGUUUGAAAUAAAAAAUUUUUAUUGAAUUUGAAAAUUUUAUUAAAUUUAUAUUUUUAAUUAUUUUUCAUUGCAUUUUAAUUUUUUUUGCUUUUUUUGCCAUUUUUGCAAUUUGUGACACUUCGUCCACAUUUCCAAUAAUUUUUGUGGCAUUUCGUUAAAUUUUUCAAAAAUCAAUUAAAAAACUAUUUAAAUUUAAAAUUUUUAGUCAACAAAGCCUUAAAAUUAAAAAUUUUUCUUUUUCGUGCCAUGUUCGAAAUCAGUUACACUUCGCCCACAUUUCCAAUAAUUUUCGUGGCACUUCGUCAAAACUUUUUACAAAAUUUGAAAAUCUGUUUAAAAUCUUCAUUUUAAACAAAAUUUGUAGCUUUACUCAAUUUUAAAACCAAAAAUUUUCAGCAAUCGACCCAGCUGAACGUUCAUUAUUGAACAAGUUGAUGCACCAAAAGCUGGCCGAACUGAAUGAAGGAGAGGUUGAGGUCAGUUUGAGGAAUGACCCUAAAUCUCCACUUUAUUCCACUCAAACUUUCGAGGGAUUGGAGUUGUAAGUUUACUUAUCUUUUUUUAAAUAAAUUGUUACUAGUAGUACCAAUGGUACCGUUGGUACCGAUUAUUAACAAAUGGUACUGGUGGUACUAUUGGUACUAUUAAAAUGAAAAUUUUUUUAAAAACAGUUUUUUAAACAUUUUAUGACUUAAAAAAAUUGUUUUAAUACUAGUGGUACCAGUGGUACUAAUAGUAACAAAUGUUAAAAAGUGGGAACAAAUGGGAAACUAGGACUAUAUAUGGAUAGUAACACAACUCUUUAGGAACAAACUUUUGAUAGCCGCCAUUUACGAAAUGGGAUUUCAACAGCCUUCUAAAAUUCAAGAAGCUUCUUUGCCAUUACUUUUGGACCCCCAAACGUAAGUAUUUUAAGCUUGCUCUUGUCUUUGCUCUACCCUCCCCUACCUAAAAACAAAAAAUUCAGCCCAAGUGACCUAGUAGCCCAAUCUCAAAGUGGUACCGGAAAAACCGCUGCCUUUCUACUUACCAUGCUUCACCGACUAGACCCUAACAAGUUGUUACCUCAAUGUUUAUGUGUGGCACCAACCUUCGAACUGGCUCUUCAAAUAGGAGAAGUGGCCAAGAAAAUGGCCAAGUACUUGGAAACCGUCAAAAUCAAAGUGUUGGUUAAAGGGGAAAUACGUAAGUCUUUGUUUAUUUUGAAUAUUUUAUUUUUAGACGAAAUGUCACAAAUAUUAUUGCAAAUGUUGACGAAGUGUCAAAAUAUUUAUUGGUUUUUUGAAAUUUGUGGUUAUUAGUUAUGACAAAGUCAUAGUUCUGUAAAAUACGGAUUUUUUGUUUUUUACGAAACGUCACGGAAUUUAUUGGAAAAUUUAACGAAAAGUCACAAAAUUUAUUAUUUUUCUAAAAAUAUGGAACUAGCUAUGUCAAUGUUACAGUUUAUUGUAAAGUGCGCUUUUUUGUUUUUUUUACGAAAUGUCAAAAAAUUAUUUCAAAAUUUGACGAAAUGCCACAAAAUUCUUUGGUUUUUUAUAUAAACCAUUUUAAUGUAAAAUACGCGGUGUUGUAUUAUUGAAAUAAUUUUAGCCAAAAAUUAAAAAAAAAACUAAUUUUAGCCGCCCCAGACACCGUACUAACAGAACAAAUCAUUAUUGGUACCCCAGGCAAAUUGGCUGAUUAUUUGUUUAAAUUCAAACUCAUCGACGCGGCCAAUAUCAUUUGCUUUGUAUUGGACGAAGCUGAUGUUAUGUUGAGUCAAAAGGGAUACAAGGACAUCAGUGUCAAGAUUCAUAAGUAAGUAGGCAUGGCCGAAAGUUAAAAAAUUUUUAGUGAAAUCAUCUUGGCCAAUCCAAAAUGUCAAUGCUUGUUAUUCAGUGCCACUUUUACUGAUGUUGUCUACAACUUUGCUGAGAGUUUGAUACCGGACAUGGCUGCUAUUACGUAGGUUGUUUUUAAAUGCAAUUUAGAAUACAUUUUAAAACGAUAACAAUAUUAUUAUUGGUUUUUUUGGUCAUUUCAACGAUUCCAAUAAUUUUUGUGGCAUUUCGUCAAAUUUGAAAAAAUUUAAAUCUGCGUUCUGUCAAAAUGAAAACAACGUUAAUUACAGGUUGAAAAUGUUAUUUAAAACAAUUUUGGAUUGAUUUUAAUUUUUUUUGUAAUAUGUGACACUUCGUUCACAUUCCCAAUAAUUUUUGUGGCAUUUCGUCAAAUUUUGUAAAAAGGUGGAAAAUGCUUUUCUUUUUUGUAAAUUAACAUGUAAAGGACGAAUUUAACAGUGAAAAUGGUUUUUUUAACGGAAAACGUUCAGACUCCGAAAAAAGGACCAAACCCUGCCAAACAUUCGUCAACUGCUAAUUCGCUGUAAGACCCGAGAAGAGAAGUAUAAAGCGAUCGUUAAUAUCUACAACACAUUAACCAUAGCUUCUUCAAUUAUUUUUACAUACACGAGAAGUUCAGCUACUUGGUUGUCAGAGCAAUUGAAAAAGACAGGUCGAAAGGUUGGGCUGUUACAUGGGGAAAUGAGUGCUGAUGAGAGGGCAAAUAUGGUCAAAAAGUUUCAAAAUGGAGAUUUUAGAGUGCUUAUUACCACGAAUGUUUGUAGUCGAGGUAGGUUUUCUUUAGUUUUCAAGAGUUUUUUUUUAAAUUUUUGGCUACUACAUUGAAAUUGGCAGGUUUUAAAAUUUUCCAAUAAUUUUUGUGACACUUCGUCAAAAUCUAAAAUAUUUAAAAAAUAAUGUUUUAAGGGUUACAAACAUGCAUUUUGAUAAUUUUUUGGCAUUAUAAAGUUUUUUAGUUUUUCAAUAUUUUUUGUGACAUUUUGUCAAACAGCCAAAACAGGCAAAAAUGACGUUUUUGAAAGUUAUAAAAAUGAAUUUUGACCUUUUUUUUGGCAUGAUGAAGGUUUUUAGUUUUCCAAUAAUUUUUGUGACAUUUCGUCAAACAGCCAAAACGUUUAAAAAUUAAGUUUUUGGGGUUUGUAAACGUGAAUCGUGACCAAUUUUUGACACGACGACGUUUUCUGUUUUUCCAAUAAUUUUUGUGACAUUUCGUCCAACCGUAAAAUUUUAAAAAACUAGACAAUUUCCAUACCUAAAGCCACUUUCAGGCCUAGACAUUCCAUCAGUAAAAUUGGUAGUCAACUACGAUCCACCAGUGACAUUUGAAGAGAAUCCUCAACCAGAUUAUGAUACCUAUUUGCAUCGAAUCGGGCGUACUGGUCGAUUUGGGAAGGGUGGGAUUGCGGUGAAUUUGGUCGAUUCGGUUAGAGCUGAAGGUUAUGUGAGAAAGUUCGAGGAGUACUUUAAUCGACCGAUUGAGCUGAUAGCCUUUGAUGACUUUGACCGGUUGGAUGAGAUUGAGGAGGAAAGCUAA